UUGGCCACAGUUUCUUCCACAGAACCUGGGAUUAUUGAGGUGCAGGCUGUAGUGGCCCUAGAAACACCAACAUUACACGGGAAGAACAAAAAAAUGUGCCGGUGUUAGUGUGUUAAAACCAACACAAGACGAGUAACAAUAAAACAAGAGUUACAAGACAAGAAGUGUGACAACAUAGUCCUCGAGAGGAGAAAAUAUUUAAGUAAGAACUUCAGUGCUGGUGUCGAGGGUAGUGAAGAUGUCUUAGUAACCUUAUUUAGAUGCAGUCAAUUUUAUACAAUUACAUUUAUCUUAUAUAGCAACAUGGGUAAAUUACUUGAAUAACCCCUCAAAAAUAUCAGAGUGGUUUAUUAUCUUUAAAAGAAGAUUAAAAAAUAUUGUCUGAAAAGAACUAGCAAACGAGUUUGAAGUAGAAUAAUACAAAUAGAAAUUAACAUACCAAUAGUCCAUCAUAAUGAAAUGUGUCAAAUUAAAUGUAUUUAUGGAGAAGGUAAUCAGGUCAUUAGAUUGCAAGAUAUUGUUAGUGCAAGAAUUUAGACUCUGGUACUGAACACCUGCUGCUAGCCUGAGAAACUAGUUAAGUGUGUCGCCUGAACGGCUAGUUUAUUGUGCACUCAAUUAUCAUCCUGUGAACAGUAGUGCAAAGAAGAAAAAAACAGGAUUGCAGAGUCACAAUGAGUCAGACCCCACUGAACAUUGUUACAUCACUGGACUGACCACCUUAAAACUACUUGCAAACUCUUCUGUACUCGACUGAAGAAGCCUACUGUGUAGGCGACACCUUUCGGAAUAAAAAUACUUAUGGCAAUGGUUGAGGCAUUUGAGGUGAUGGCUGGGAGGUUUAGAGGUUGUAUGGUUGGAGCACUGAUGGGAGACUGUCUUGGUGCUCCAUUUGAAGGAGAACCUCGCAAUUCACGCUCUGUGCUCAAUUCAUAUUUUAAAAGACUUUGUGAUCCAGACCUUAAAGUACCAUACAAGCAGUAUACUGAUGACACUGCAAUGACAAGAUGUGUGGCCCAGUCCCUCAUUAGUCAGAAAAGUUAUAAUGCCACAGAUAUGGCAAAAAGGUUUGUAAAGGAGUACUAUGCAGAACCAAAACGAGGAUAUGGUGCUAAUGUUACUGAUGUAUUUGCUGCUUUGCGUGCCUCAAAGUUCAAAGAUGUCUAUGGUCCUGCAGCAAUUCAGUUUAAUGGCCGAGGCUCAUAUGGUAAUGGAGGUGCUAUGAGAGUUGCUCCUGUUGCUCUUUUCUGUUGUGCUACUAGAAGACAGGAGCUAAUAGAUAUAGCCCGAGACAUGGCACUCAUAACUCAUGGCAACAGACUGGGUUAUAAUGGAGCAGUUCUGCAGUGCCUUGCUGUGUAUGAAGCACUCCAAACCCCUAUCAACACGCUGGACACUGUCAAGUUCGUUGAGAAUCUCAUAACAAAAAUGAGGGAGGUCGAAACACCACAAGAAGACGAUAUUGUGGAUGAGGGAGAAGAGCCUUAUGUUUAUGUCACGAGAUUAGAGAAAAUACUGGAAUUGAUGGAGCAUGGUGAUUCUGUCAGCUGUGAACGAGUGGAAGAGGAACUAGGAGUCUAUAUUUCUGCUCAUAUGUCUGUUCCUACUGCCAUCUAUUCAUUUAUCAGAGCUACAAAUCCUAUUGCAGAUAUUGAGACCGAAAAUGAAUUUCAAAGGACACUGCAAUUUGCCGUAAGUUUAGGUGGAGAUACAGAUACUAUAGCAUCUAUGGCUGGAAGCAUUGCAGGUGCUUAUUAUGGGAUUGCAAAAAUUCCAGAAAACCUUCAGAGGCAUUGUGAAGCUCUGUCAGAUGCUGUGCAACAAGCUGACGAUCUCUUCAGCCUUCGAGACACUAAUACAUCGACUUAACAGGAUCAGUGUUGUACAGCACUAAGAGUGGAGGGAGGGGGUGAUUAAGGUUUCAAGUAGUAUGUGCUUGAGUCUUCUACAUGCAUGAAUGAGUGUGCUAGAUUGGAAUGACUGAAGACAAAGUCAGUGUUUAGGAUCUGACAUCUGUUGGAGUGCGAGCAAGGUAACCCAUGUGAAGGGACUCUGGGGAAACUUUUUUAACUAGACUGGAGUCUUGGGGGUGGGAAAUACAGUGCCUACACUCUGAAGGAGGGGUGAGGAUGUUGCUGUCUGAUGGAUCAUUUGAAUUGUAAUGUCUGCAUAUGAUUGGCAAGGCAACUACUGAAUGAUUGAUGCUGAAUGUGUUUAACUUUUUAAGGGUCUUCCUACCUUAGUGGGAACCAACUAGUAUGGUAAAAAAGAAAAUUUGUGAAUAGCGUGCUCUUGAGUGACAUAUGUAUACAGUAGACCGUCAUUUAGCACAAGUUUAUUUGGCACGAUUCGGGUAUAGCACGAUUGAAGAAUUGCGGCACAAUUUUGUGUAACACAUAAAAUUAAUUUAACACGGUUCAGUUUGUGGUAAGGAAAAAAAAUUCCCUUUUCCUCAAGCAUCUGCCUUGUAGUGGAUCAGCUGGGGAGACCCCUCAAUCCCCUGCCACCCCCUGACACCAUCCCAGCUUUCGUACUUCAUACGUGUCCAGUCUCUCUCUCUGCUACAAGCUAGCUGUGUUUGUGAAUUGUUUUGAUAUUUUAAUUACUAUAUCUUGUAUCUGCCAAGCAAUCAUGACACCCAAUAGGCAUACCAACGUUGCUGAAAGUGGCAAGAAUAGGUAUAAGCGUUUAAGUCUUAGAAUUAACGAAGGAAACAAAGAUAUUAGACAAGAGAUAACAGUAAUGAAGUCUUACUUUGUACACAUAAAAAGAGGUAAACAUGAGUUUGUGUGACUGACUUACUGAAUGACUGACUUGCUGACUUGACUGAGUGACUUACUGACUGAAUGACUCACUGACUUGACUGAAUAACUUAAUGACUUGACUGAAUUACUUGCUGACUUGACUGAAUGACUUGACUGACUGAAUGACUUACUGGCUUGAUUGACUGACUGAGUGACUUAGUUAGACACUCCAGUACAACCAUCGACUUCAGUACCAGAACUUCUGCCAUCCACCUCAGCCCAGUAAGGCCACAGCAUAACUCUCCACAAUUUAAGGUAAGAAAUACUAUUAUUUCUGUUACAUGUGUAGUCUUAACCAGUAAAAAUAAUAUAAUACAUCACACCAAUGAACUACAAUUCCAUAUUCAUUUUAUUUCUGAUGGAUAUGGAGGCCUAAAAAAAAGUUGUUCGGCUUUUUUGGGGCUCCCAGGAACAUAACCCUAUUUUCCCCGUAAAUUCUUCCGUUCAUCUCACACAGUUUUACCUAACACGCCAUUUUCAGGAACGUAACUGCCAUGUUAAAUAAUGGUCUACUGUAUUACAUUUUGUAUAACUGUAUUCUUCAUCAUAGUUGAACUUUUAGCAUUACAUUUAUACAGCGCAGUUCACAGUGAAUUCUCUCUUGUUUAGGUUUCUCCCAAAUUCUUAAACUUAAAAAUUUGGUGUAACUUAUAUGCAUAACAUUUGAAAUUUUAGUGAUAAUGUACUGUAAUUCCCAAUCUUGAGUUGGAUAAUCUCUCUCUAAUUCAAAAAUUUUCAUCCAUGUAAAAAUGUUUCUCUAAAUGAUAGUUUUCAAUAAUCUCAGUAAUUUCCCGAAUCAAAGAGAUAAUUCAUAAUUUGGAAAAUCUCUAAUUUAGACUUCCAAACAGUUUUUCCCCCAAAAAAAUUUGUUAAAGAAUUUAUUUUUCAAAAUAUUUUGAAUAAGAGAAAAAACUCUUCAGUUGCUUUCUAAUUCAAAUUUAUAUUUUGAACGAGGAAAGAAAAUUUCUCUUAUUCAAAGUUUUCUGCAGUUUGAACCCCCUUAAGCAAGAAUUAGUUCAAAUACACUGAGAAAUAAAUAACUAUGUAAUUAAUUAAAAUUCCUAUGCAGUACUGAUAAAGCUUUUAGGGCACUUUAUGGUGUACCAAGCUUUUGUAUUCUUUGAGUUAUAGAUUGAGUUAUAGUUGUUGCCACAUUUAAUUACUGUAUAUCAUAAUAACAGUUGUUCUUAUGAUGUAAUUGCAUCCACAUAAACCUUUAUAUAUUUCUACCUUGUGUCAGCAUGUAUGCUAAUGUGAAUUUUUUUUUGUAUUAAAAUUAUGAUUGAAUGUAUUAUAUGUAAUUUGGUAUAGAAAUAUGAGUAUAUAUGUCAUUUGCAUCUCUCUCAUCCCUAACAUUCAGUCGUUGGGGGAAUGUGUUUCUGAAAACCAGCGGGAAUUAUCAUUUUAUGAAGGCCAAAAUAAGUAUAACAUGGUAUAAUUAGCCCGUAUGUGAUAGAUGCAUUCCUAGAAGUCACAGUGAAUACUACUGUAAGAUUUAUUGUACUGCAGAAUAGUACUAUACAUAAAGCAAAGUAGUUACUGUCUCACACAGUCAAAAACCAUACACAUACCAGUAUAGAUAGAAACAGGAAAACAAAGUUUCAGUGAUAUUUGUUCAAUACACUUGUUUUGGAGCAUUGACAUCUGUAAGAUGAUGCCUCUACAUAAACCUUGCUACCUUGGAAGUUUCUUAUGAUUAGCCGGAAUCUAGCACCAGUAUGGAAUCCACGUCUGAAAAAGUAGGUUCAAAAACUCAAGAAAGUACAGAAGUAUACAACGAGGACUGUUCUUGAGAUGAGGGCAUGAACUAUGAGGCUCCCCUCAUGGUUCUAAUGGAACUGAAUUUAAUGACAUUGAGAACAGAAGAACCAAGGGAAAUAUAACAUACAAAAUACUCAGGAUUCGAUGGGGUAGAUGGACAGGAUGUUUGAGAGGUGAGGGACUGGUACUCGGGAACACAGCUUGAAGUUAGACACAAAUGAGCCACAGGAAUGUCAGGAAAUUUCUUCAGUCUCAUAGUGGAAGUGGUGGGGGCAUGCUCCAUACAUAGUUUUAAAAGCAGGUAUGAUAUGGCCCAUGAGGCAAAGAGCCGGCAAGUAACAAGUUGUAAGGUGGGGGCCAUGAGCUAUGACUCAACCUCUGCAACCACACUAUAGUAUAGGUGAGUAAAACACACACACACACACACACACACACACACACACACACACACACACACACACACACACACACACACACACACACACACACACACACACAUACACACACAUACACACACAUACACACACA